AGAUGUCAGCGCAACCAGAGCUUCUUCCUGCAUGCCUCGUUCCUCGACACUACGACCUCGAUAUCGACGUGAACCUCAGCGAGUUUGUGUUUGCUGGGAGAGUGCAAAUCACGGCUGAGGUGAAGGAGGAGACAGACGUGAUCGUGCUACAUGCUCUUGACAUCACCAUCAAAUCGGUUCAAGUCACUUCCUCCGAUGGCUCAGUCACUCGGCCCAUCAGUCAGCCGCUGAUCUCGCUCGCGCAGACUCAACCGCGAAAGCUUCACAAGUGCGACGGCGUCACCUCAUUCUCUGAGGACACCAUCUCCAUCCAGCUGGAGCGGAAGCUUGCGUGUGGUGAGGUUGUGCUGGACCUGAGCUACGACGGGGAGCUCAACAGCAACAUGUGCGGCUUCUACAGGUCUAAGGCGCUCAUAGACGGGAAGGAGGAGUACAUGGCCGUGACGCAGCACGAGCCGACGGACUGCCGACGAACUCUUCCUUGCUUCGACGAGCCGGCGCUGAAAGCUUCCUUCGACGUGACGCUGCGAGUGCCUGCACACCUGACGGCUUUGAGCAACAUGCCCGUGAAGGACGAGAUUGUAGAGGCUGAUCGCAAAGUCGUUCGGUUUGAACGCACUCCUCGCAUGUCGACGUAUCUCCUCGCCAUGGCUGUCGGACGACUGGAGCACGUGGAGGGAACGACCAAGAAAGGAGUCAAGUACCGAGUCUACGCUUGCCCUGGUGUGACGAAUCAAUGUCUCUUUGCCCUCGAUGUUGGCAUGAAGGUCCUCGACUUCUUUUCCGAUUACUUCGGUAUUUCCUAUCCGCUUCCAAAGCUCGACAUGAUCGCUCUGCCUGACUUCGCUGCCGGCGCAAUGGAGAACUGGGGGCUCAUCACGUACAGAGAGGCGAACCUGCUGAUCGAUGAGGUUAACAGUCCUCUCGUCACGAAGCAGCGGGUGGCGUACGUGGUGGCGCACGAGCUGGCGCAUCAGUGGUUCGGGAACCUGGUGACGAUGAGCUGGUGGACGGACCUCUGGCUCAACGAAGGCUUCGCCACCUGGGUUGGCAACUUCGCCGUCGAUCAUCUCUACAAGCACUGGGACAUCUGGACCCAGUUUGUGAACCAGUACGCCGGCAGAGCACUGCAGCUGGACGCGCUGGAGACGUCGCACGCGAUCGAGGUGGAGGUGAAGAGGUCGGGGGAGGUGAACGAGAUCUUCGACGAGAUCAGCUACUGCAAGGGCGCCGCCUGCAUCAUGAUGCUAACCUCCUUCCUCGGCAUGCCCUCCUUCCGCUCCGGCAUCUCCUCCUACCUCAACAAGUUCCAGUACGGCAACGCGAGCACGCGAGACCUCUGGGAGUCGCUGACGGAGGCGUCGGGCAAGGACGUGGAGAAGUUCAUGGGGCCGUGGACGAGGAACGUCGGAUACCCGGUCGUCUUCCUCUCUCGCUCCUCCGGGAAACUCUCCUUCGCCGUCGAGCGCUUCCUCGCCACCGGCAAGGAGGCGCCGGGAAGUGAUUGGUGGGUGCCUAUGCGGGUGCUGCAUUCGUCGGGGAAGGAGGAGCUGCUCGACAUCAAGGGGAAGACGCUGGAGGUGGAGGAUGCGGAGGGAGGAGGAUGGGUCAAGGGAAACCUCCACCAAACCGCCUUCUUCCGUAUUCGCUACGAUGACGCCCUUCUCGCCCUCCUCGGCCCUGCCAUCAGCGAGCUUCGCUUGUCUCCCUCGGACAGGCUUGGCGUCCAGGCAGAUGCCUUCGCGUUGGCUCGAGCAGGCAAGAUGAGGACCGACCGUGCGCUGGCGCUGGCGAUGGAGUACGAGGAGGAGGAGGACUUCACGGUGUGGGCUGACUUGCUUGGUUCGCUGGCGGAUGUGAUGAGCACAUGGGCAAAAGAGGCGGAGUACGAGGGGCUGCAGCAGAUGAUGGUGAAGCUGCUGCAGAAGAUCAUGAAGAAAGUUGGAUGGGAGGCGAAGGACGGGGAAGGCGCGCUCUUCCCCAUGCUCCGCCCCCUCGUGAUCCUCAACCUCGGGCGGAAUGGCGACGAGGAGGUGGCGGCGGAAGCGAGGAGGAGGAUGAAGGGCGGGUGGAAGAGCGUUGCAGCGGAUCUUAGGUACGCAGUCUACGCGACAGUGGUGGGGACAGGAGGAGCAGAAGAGUUCGAGGUGGUGAAGCGAGUGUUCCUCGAGGCGGAGAUGUCGGACGAGAGGAACCGAGCCAUGCGCGCCCUCUGCGCUACUAGGGAGGAGAAGCUGAUGGACCAGGUGCUGGCCAUGACCCUCGACGGUUCCAUCCGAUCUCAAGACGUCUUCUACGUUUUCGGCAGCCUUUCUGCCAACAGGGUGGGGAUGGACGUUGCCUGGCGCUUCUUGCAAGCGAACUGGAGCAAGAUCUCAGGCAUGUUCCCUUCCGGGCAGCCGCCACUUGCUCGCAUCAUCAAGACAACCGUCAGCUCGUUCGCAUCUGAGGAGCGCGCAGCUGAGGUGGAGGCUUUCUUUGCAGACAAGGAGACUCCAGGAGCGGAGAUGUCGCUGAAGCAGGCGCUUGAGACCAUCCGGAUGAAUGCUGCAUGGCUGCAGCGAGAUCGGGACGUGGUGGGAAGUUGGCUGGCCUCCAAGUAGUUGGACCCCAGGUGGAGGGAGAAGCCCUCGCUUCACUGAGAGUGUAGGAGAGGACAAGGCAGAAAGAUUGGAUCCUGAAACCGUGUCGGAAGCCUGCAAGAGGAAUGACAAUCAGCAGCAGCAGCAGCAGAUGAUGAUGAUGAUGAUGAUGAUGACGACGACGACGAUUGUCAUGAUGAUUGUCAUGGUGAUUGUGAUAUGAUGAUGACGACAAUUAGACGUUACCCAAAGGCCUUGAAUACGAACUCAUAUCUAUCU